CGUCACUAAGUCUCCCAGAGAGGCUGUACUUCCCGCCAGUCGUACACCUACAUUAAGUUUCACUAUUUUAUUGCGAUUUUAGUGCUUAUUUUCAACCCUGAAACCGAAAAUUAAGUAGAAGACCGUUUCGUGAAAGUCUCUGGACAAUAGGAGAAAAGAAAAGAUGUCCAGGAAAUUUGAAAAGCCUGAACAGUACGUGUUCAGGAGCAAUAAUGGGGAGAAAUUCAAAUUAUUGGCUGUGAGUCCCCAUAAGACGAAUCCGCUGUGUGUGUUGGUGGUGGCCUCACACACAACCACUAGCGGAGCAUACAAGAAAGACGAAGUACUGCUGCUACAGGCCCGGGCGGAGGGCGGCCUCUUACUGUCUACUCGGGUGGCUACGUCGCCCAAGCCUUUGGUUUUUCUAAUAUGGGACUUGGUGCCAUGGGUGACGGAGCAGCGACACCAGCAGGUACACGAGCUAAUCAUCACUGCUACAGGAGAGAACAUCUUAAUCAAUCAGUUCAGAGACGAGGUACUGGUACCGCAGUGUAGAUUGUCUUGUGGUGUGCCAGUCACUGCGUGCGUGAUGCAGAGGUGGCUACCCAGGAUUGUUUACGCGGGUGGCGCCGGUGCUGGCAAGAUAGAUCUCAUAUUCAAUAAAAGCAAAAUUGAAAUAAACAAUGUCUUGCAGUUCCCGCCGUGGAUGAAGGAGGAUAAAAAACUAUGUUUCCUCAGCAUUGGCUGUGUAGAAAAUAAAAGCGAGGUGCUACUGGGUGACUCGGAGGGCAAAAUCUACUUGUUUGGAGUUCCUCAGUGCACAGUGGCGACGGUGGGUGAGAAGUUCACUAUCUUGAGAGACAUGACGGUGCCAUUUCCCGUGAAUGCAUUAGCAGUGGCACCUCAGGGAAGAGGACUGAGCACCUUGAAGGUAGUUGCUGUGGGGGUAUCUGGAAACGCACGCCUUGCUGGAGGUGGAGCUAACGUCAGGUACUCCUUGUAGACUUAGCCACCUGUCGGAGGAGGUGCACGAGGCGGCCUGGUGUAGGCAUGAGGAGCUCAUUUACCUCACCACGCUCGACAACAAGUGCCAACUACACCACUGGACGACCAACAUGAGCGAGGAACCCGGGAAGUGGACACCCUGGACCAUUAGCUUACUAGAGGAAAAUGGCGUGAAGGUGUCUUGGAGCGCCGCUGACCCGCACUGGCUCGCCUACAUUACUCAUGCAUGCGUCUCGCUGGAAAACAUGACUGAGCUCUUUUAGACUCUCCUCGGCGUUAAAUUAAAUAAAUUACAGUAUCGUUAAAACGACUUCCGCGUUAAAUGAAGCAGACAUUGCUUCAGACAAGUGUCCACGAUAAGUGAAAAAAAAACAUUGUUUCAAAGAGCUGUCCGCAUUAAGUGAAGUAAACAUUAGCUUGAGACUACUGUCUGAGUUAAGUGAGGUAAAUAUACCUUCAAACAUUCAAAAGCUGUCGUAGUUAAGUUAAAAAUCUCUUCAAUCUUCUACGUUAGUGAGGUAAAUAUCGCUUAAAACUUCUAUCCCCAUGGAUCAUCACGUCGGUCUCCCAGGAAUGAAAUAUAUUUAUUAUAUUUAGGAAAGUUCUUCAAGUUGGACUCCAGGUAUAUAUAUUUGGUUGUUGCGCUUCACUUCCAUGUAAUUGUAUUGAACAGUGUGAUCGGAGCUGGCACUAGACACAUUUGUUGCUUUCUGAUGGCAUGUGUUGUCAUGACUAAUGUAUUGACAACCUAUUUUUUUAUUCCUUCUGAUGGAUCGAGGUUCAUAUUAUCCUUCAAAAUACUUCAGUUUGUAUUAUCUGAUACAAAAAUAGUCUCAAAUAUUGAAUUGUUUGUCACAUAUAUACUGUUUUCUCAAGCUGCAGAAUAUCGUGUUCUUUUCUGAUGUUUGAGUUAUUUCUGCAUUUGUAUUAUUAAGUUUUAAUUAGAGCAUUCCAUACACAUCAGUGUAAUAGAAUAAUGCUUUCAAAGAAUACAUUCAUUAUUGCUGUUUACAUUAUGGGUGCUUGUAAGAUGCUUGUCACACGCCCCGGGAGACCACACAUCCAGUCUGUGUUGCAAGAGCAAUAUGUGUGUGUGUCUGUGUAGAGGAAUGACUGAUUAAAUAAUGGAUCAAAAUGUUGACGCAGGAAAAAAGGUUCGUACCUUACUAGUUAGGCCCUUAAUGAACUAAAAGUUGGUUUCAUUUUAUUGUUUUCUUUCAAUAAAAGUUAUG